AUGUUCCGCUUAUCCCUCGUAUCACUCUUCGCAGCCCUCCUGGCCCUCCUCUUCGUCUUCUCCCCGGUGGCAGAAGCGUCAAAGGGGCCGGUCAUUACCAACAAGGUCUACUUUGAUAUUGAACAUGGAGGCAAGCCGCUCGGCCGGGUCGUCAUGGGUCUGUACGGAAAGACUGUUCCCAAGACGGUAGAGAACUUCCGCGCUCUCUGCACUGGGAAGAGGGAGGACGGGACGGAGUUGGGCUUUGGAUACCAAGGGAGCGGGUUCCACCGGGUCAUCAAGCAGUUCAUGAUUCAGGGUGGUGACUUCACCAAGGGCGACGGAACCGGCGGAAAGUCCAUCUACGGCAACAAGUUCGCGGAUGAGAACUUCAAGCUCAAGCACACCGGUCCCGGAACGCUUUCAAUGGCCAACGCCGGAAAGGACACCAAUGGGUCUCAGUUCUUCAUCUGCACUGUCAAGACUUCCUGGUUGGAUGGCCGACACGUGGUCUUCGGUCACGUUCUUGAGGGUAUGGACAUUGUCCACGCUGUGGAGAAUGCCAAGGCCAGGUCUGACAAACCGGUCGAGGACGUCAAGAUCACUGCGUCUGGCGAGCUUGAAAUGGAUCACGAGAUUGACGAUGAGGGCAACCAGCCAGACUACCAAGGCGACGACGACCUCGCUUCUUCCGCCGCCUCGGGUACUGACGCGCUCUUGCCGAUCCUGGACGGUGAAAACGACGAGUACAGCACGCUGUCGAACCCCCUCAACUACUUUGUGCUCCUCGCGGGCUUUGUGGCGGUGCCUGCUGGGCUGGGGUGGUACUUUUAUGGUGGGGGCAGGAAGAGGGUCGGUGUGUGGCGGAAGGGCAAGGGGAGGGCUUAUGAUAAGGUCGCGGUGGAGAAGGUGUGA